AUGCUUUCGAGCCCCAUCCGGCUCUUCCUCCCGCUGGCGGUAGUCGCCACCGUAUUGCUCGGUGUCUCGGCCGAGCCCGAGUGGUGGCUCGUGCCGCCGAUCGACUGCCAAGUCGGGCCCUGGGGCGACUUCAGCGGCUGCUCCGCCGCCUACUCCACGGUCAAGACCCGGCGCCGCAACGUCGUGGUCUGGCCGCUGUUCGGCGGGGCGCCGUGCCCUGCACUGGAGGAGUCGCAGCCCUGCGUGCGCGUCGACUGCCAGGUCGGACCCUGGAGCGCCUACACGUGCAACCCUUUCACGGGCUGGAAGACGCGCUCGCGGGUGGUCACGGUCCGGCCGCAGGACGGAGGCGCCGCCUGCCCCGCGCUCUCCCAGAGCGUACCGUGCGACCCCAUCAACUGCGUCGUGAGUGACUGGACGCCGUGGAGCACGUGCCUGCUCAAGGUCAAGUCCCGGGCGAGAACAGUGCAGACGUUCCCGCUGUACGGCGGCUUGGCGUGUCCGUCGCUGGUGGAAGUUCAGGCUUGCGUCCCCGUGGACUGCGCGGUGGGGGCCUGGAGUGCGUUCAAGAUCCUGGGCACGAUCAAGACUCGCUCCCGUGAAGACACGUGCCAGCCAGACAGCGGGUUGCCGUGUCCUCCGCUCGUCGAGCAGGUUCCGUGCAAUCCGGUGGACUGCAGCCCGGUAUCGCGGGUAUCCAGAGUUGCCAGCGACUCCUGCAUCUGA